AUGGCGGCGCCGCCCGAAACUUCGCAGUUCGAGUCAACAGAAACGCUGGCAACGUUUGUGGCGGCGACGCCGCUGCUGGAGGAGUCGUGGCGGCUGUGCAGACGUGCCAACGCCGCCGCCGCCGCCGCACACCACGGGAGCUUUGCGGUGAACAUUGUGGGGCAGGUGGCGUACGUGGCUUUCUCCGCCGUGCAAGUGGUGGCGGCGGCGGCUGAGGAGGAGGAGGAGGAGGAUCUGGUGGAGCUGGAAAAUAGUAAGGGGGUUUUCAGCUCAUCAUUUGUUGAGAGGGGAUUAUCAAAACCCAAGAUUUUGGAAAUUUCGAACAAAAGCAAGUCGAUUAUAUUUACCGGUCACUCGCUAGGAGGCGCAGUUGCUUCACUCUCGACCCUUUGGCUCCUUUCCCACAAUAUCCAAACCCCCGUUUUAUGCAUCACCUACGGUUCGCCUCUCCUCGGAAACGAGCCCUUCUCACAAGCCAUUCUCCAACAAAGAUGGUCCGGAAAUUUCUGCCACAUUGUGGCAGCUCACCACCACCAUAUACUUAUUCCGAAAAUACCCCCUUCGUUAUCACUAUUCGACAAAGUGUCGGAUAUUAUUAUUGACGAUCAAGAAACGAAGAGUAUAUGUAUGAUCGGUCCAUAUUGGCCUUUUGGGAGCUAUAUGUUUAUCACGGAAAACGGGGCGAUCUGCUUGGAUAACGCGACGGCUAUCGUGGAGUUUCUUCACUUGUCAAUGACUUGUGAGGGUUUUCGUAACCCUAAUAACUCAUGUGUUGUUGUUGAGGAUGUUCUCAAGUACGAGGAUUAUGUCGGAAAAAUUUGUCAGCGGUACUUAGGGAAAGGUAAGUGCAUGGAUAGCUUUUCUGAGUCAAGCAGUGAAGCAGGGAUUGCAUUGGCAUUGGCUUCAUCAGAGAUAUCUCCUCAGAGUAUUUGA